UCGUAGUCGUCUAGGGGUAUCUGAUCUCUUGUUUUGCUUCAUUUUCACGUUUUUUCCUUGCCUUGCUUCUCUCCUCAUCGCAUCGCAUUGCCUAACUCCUCUUCCCUCCGAUUCCACGCUGGUUUUCCUACCAACUCUGUUCCUCUCUCUCACUCUUUUUUAUUUUAUUUUUAAGUUUGUUGUUAAUUCAAUCGAUUUUCAUCUGUGCAACAUCGUUUGUGGUGUGGUAUCAAUCUGUAUGCCUAUUCCCGUGACUAUGAAUUGCUUUCAUCCUUUCUUUAUGUGCUGUUUGCUGAGAGAAAGUCUUUCAUCAUCGGUUUAUUAAUUCCUUUUUAUGUGUGAGAGAAUGAAGAUGUUCGCCUUUCUAGGUUUUUCCCUUCUUCUUCUCAUGUUUGGUUUGUAAAUCGAAGCCAUAGUCAUUAUCUUUUCAAAUAAGUGAAUUAACGAGUGUUAGAAGGAAAGAUGAAUAUGAGGAAGCUAUGCUCAUGCUUUACACUUUAGCUUAUGAUAAAUUUGUGUAGCAGUGAAGGUUGUCAAAUUCUCAAGCUAAAGUUUAUGAUCCCAAGUAUCAAACUCUGUUUUAGAUAAACUUUUUGAACAAGUGUAAACUCCUUAUAAACUCUCGAGUCAACAAGUAGGUUAACGAAUUUGAAAACAAAUGUAAUUUUUGCCUCCCAUUGACUCCAUAGUGUGUGUUUUACUAUAACUCCAAUGAUUUGAAGAAAUUAACUUAUUUUUAAAAUAAUUUUCUCUUUAGGAGCUUAUGGUUUUAUGAAAUUAUGUAUAAUUUGAUCAUGUAUGUAGUUUAAUUUUAUUUAGUACUAAUGUACUAUAACGCUAUAUUAUUGUAGCUUAUUACUUUACCUUUUUAUGGAGUUGAAAUGUUGAAUUAUUUUUUUGUUAAGAAUAACAUGUUAUACUUAUGCAUAUAUUUCAUUACUUGUUUUUUUAAUAUUAUUUUUAUGAUAAAUAAACUCUAACAAGCUUACAAGUCAAGCCUACAUAAGUUUCAGGAGUUUAUUGCAAAAAUGAAAGAUUGGGGCUGAGUAUUUCAAUCUGAAUUUGAGGUUUAUUGUCUAUAGUUGGACUCUAAUGCCAUUUGUAGAGUAGGUAUUGUGUAAUAUGAAAGAAAGGUAACAUUGCUAUGGUUGCAUAAUGAUCACGAGUGGUGGUUCCUUGUUGCAAAUGGCCUUUAGGCCAUUGGUUUUUCUUUUUCUUUUUCUACUACAAAUGAAAAUAAACGCCUGACUAACUUAUUGAUCAAACAAUAAUGGUUUUGGAUAGGGUAGAGAGAGACAGAGAGGAAGUGGUUGUGACUUCAUUCUGGACCUAAAUCACUGAACUAUGAAUUAUUAUCAGACAUUGAAUAUCUAUCUUACAUUAAAACUUUGAGGUUUAUGAUCAAAUGCAAUGAUGAUUUACAUUUAGUAUGUUUCUGUUUUUACUUGUUUUCAGGAUUGGACAUGCUUUUUUAUCUAGUCUGUCUUUGAUGAUGAUGAGAUCUGAAGAUUGAUGACAAAUAGUCUGGUUUGGGUAUCAAUAACAAAAGUCAAGUUGAGUAGUAUUUUUCUGGAAAAUAAUGGAAGCACAUCCUACUUUCUCCAUUGAAAGAUCAAAGCAACUCAAUAACAUGGGGAUGUCUGGAGCAUUUUCUUCAUCCUUGUCAGUCCUUCCAAUACCCCCGGAAGAGAUGUAUCCCAAGCUGCCUGAAUCACAGUUGGAUUUUGUAGAACAAGAGCUUAUGACAAUGCCUCUUACUCAUUCAAGUUAUUUAAAUUCCAGUGGAGUAGUUGGGCAUAUUUUUUCGUCUUCACCUGGAUAUUCAACUGAUCUUCAUCAUUCAUCUCUUUCACCUGAUGAAAAAAACUCAACUAAUGCUCAUUUUAUUUCACAAUCAUCAACUAACACAGCCCAAUUUCCAUUAUCUUAUUCUUCAAAUGCUGGACCACCAACUUCAGCAGCACCAAGCCAUUAUUCCAAAGAAAACAGUGCUUCCUGGCAUGCAGAUCCCCUGCCAAGCUUUCUGGAUUUUCCUGAAAAUGGCUCUAUUAAUAAUAAUCGGGUAGAAAGUAGUGCCUGCCCUAUCAUUCCAUCUGAGGAGUAUUGCAAGCAAAAUGAUUGGCAGGAGUGGGCUGAGCGGCUAAUCAGUGAUGAUGAAGCUUUGACUUCUAAUUGGGAUGACCUUCUUACAGACAACAUUCAAGAUCUUGAGCCAAAGGUGCCAUUCCAGGUUUCAAAACCAUUUUCACAGUUUCCAGGAAAUCAAUCCCAAGGCUAUCAACAACCUCCUGCUGCAUCAUAUGGAGAAAAUUGCACUGGUGCUGCCCUCGCUUCCUCGGCAAAUUCUGCUCCUGCCAAGUCACGAAUGCGUUGGACACCAGAACUUCAUGAGGCGUUUGUGGAGGCUGUCAACCAACUUGGGGGGAGUGAAAGAGCCACUCCAAAGGGUGUGCUGAAGCUCAUGAAAGUUGAAGGAUUAACUAUAUAUCAUGUUAAAAGCCAUUUGCAGAAAUACAGGACAGCUAGAUAUAGACCGGAGUCAUCUGAAGGAGUUAUGGAGAAAAAAACAAGUUCCGUUGAAGACAUGUCAUCUCUUGAUUUGAAAACUGGUAUUGAGAUCACUGAAGCUCUACGACUACAAAUGGAGGUUCAGAAGCGGUUGCAUGAACAACUUGAGAUUCAAAGAAAUCUUCAGUUGCGAAUAGAAGAACAAGGAAGGUACCUCCAAAUGAUGUUUGAGAAGCAAUGUAAACCUGGAAUGGAAACGUUUAAGACACCAUCAUCUACCAUUGAGACUCCAUCUGGAGUGUCUUCAAAUACUACGAGAGAUUUCACUGCCAUAAAUGAAACGGAAGCAUCACAAGCGGGCCAUUUCAGGUCAGGAUCUGAUCAAGCUAACCGCAGUACCACAGUUGAGGAAGGCUCACUAGAAAAGGGUGAGAAGCCCGAUUCUCCCAAAACUCUACAUGCUAUUGCUAAUGACGAUAGUGCACAAGCCCCAAAGCGUCAAAGAACAGAGUAAGCCGUAUGAAUCUGCUGAAGCACAGUAUCAACAGUGAUAGUACAAGACAGUAAUGAAUCAUGAAAAUUUUCAUUUAAGAAAAGAUUAGGCUGAAUGAUUGGUCGAGGUCCGUAACUUAUGAGUUCCUCCAGCCCCAUUGUGGUCAAUGAGUGCAUUGUACAUUUAGCAAGAGAUGUUGCCUCAAUUGCAUUAAAGGCUUAGGUCAAGUUUUGCCGUUAGAAAUCCUCCUUGGUAGAUAGUUUGUAAAUAUCAAUGUAAACCCUUACAGUAGUUUGGCAUACUCUAUGUUCUUAGAAUGCGGAACACUUCCCGUGCCCUAUAAUUUACCGUGCCCCAGAAAUAGAAAAUAAUGAGUCAAGUCAACGAGCUUGUAGCUCAACUUGAUGAUAUCGGAGGUUCAACUGGUCACUUAUCUUUUUUCUCUCUUUGCUUGCACCUCUAAGGCCUAUCAAGUGGAGUAUUGAACAACUACGUUAUGUAUUGGGACUGAUUAAGAUGGGUAAAUUUCGAUCUUCUUUUA